GAAGAGAAAAUCUACACAACACCGAUGGACUCGGCGUCCAAAAUCGAGCUAGCAAAAGAAGGCUACAUCGCCCUAGACGAACUCCGCAAGAAGUAUCAGUCUGCCGUUGGAUUAUUGAUGUACGCCAUGCUAGGCACACGACCAGACAUCGCAUUCUCCGUAUCUGUUGUCAGCCGAUUCUGCGCUAACCCUACGGAAGAACAUUGGAAGCUCGUUAAGAGAAUCAUGUGCUACUUGAGAGCCACAGUCGAUUUCGAACUGGUGUUCCAAGGAGACUUGAAGGACCUUAGCGGCUACACUGACUCCGACUGGGCGCAAGACCCCGAGACACGCCGCUCUACGUCCGGCUGGGUGUUCAGCCUAGGUAGCGGAGCUAUCUCUUGGUCGUCAAAACGACAGACGAGAGUGGCGUUGUCGACGGUUGAAGCAGAAUACAUGGGACAAACAUAGGCGGCGAAAGAAGCUAUCUGGCUAAAGACGCUCCUCGAUCAACUCCUUCCCGAAGGAAAUCAUGGACCGCAAGCAACGAUCAUCCACUGCGAUAACCAAGGUGCAAUGGCGCUCGCUAAGAACCCUACCUUUCACUCGCGGUCAAAGCACUUCAGCGUUGACACGCACUUUAUUCGCGAACGAGUGCAAGAAGGGGACAUCGAGCUGCACUGGGUUGAAACCGAGAAGAUGAUCGCCGAUGGCCUGACAAAACCUCUCGCUAACAAACAGUUCCAUGCGUUCAGAAGGGCGCUCGGACUAGCACUCCCCUCCCACGUUGAAACUCCCCGGUGGCUACAGUCGAUGACUGAUCAAAAGAAGAACCGGACCAAGGAGCCUAACAACGAGGGGGAGUGAUCUACCAACAGGCAGAUCGCCGCUGGAUCUCGUGCCAAGACCACGACAGCGACAUGACUACUGGCAAGGCCUAUUUUCUUGAUUAUCGAGGACGCACAGAGCAUACACGCCUACGGUAUACGGAAGUUUGAAGACACUUUCACCGGAGUCUGAUCGAGAUAUCGCCGUCGCUGUCAAAUCCCUGCCUGAGUUUCGCAGUCAUGUGACUCUCGGCGCUGACCUCAGCGAUGAAGUAUAAGGAUUUUUCUGACUUCAGGGCCAAACCUGCUUCCUUUCUCGAACAUCCGAUUCCAAGACCUUCCGAUAUCAGCUAUGGAAGACUUCCCUUUCCACCAAAACCACAUGCGUGGAACCGAGUCUGGAUUUGAGCUCACAGAGAACGAAUUUGGCCGCCCUACCUUGGUGAGAAUUGAUUCAGACUGGUCACCUCUACUGUCUGAUACCGCCGACUUCCUGACUACUGCCGCUGGCCGAGUCCUUCGCCAAAGGAUCGAAAAGAGACGUCCACUCCUUCCGGAAGACCUUGGAGGCGUCGAUCUUAGCGUUCUGAGCAAGAGCACUCUAGAGUCGAUCUACCGAGACCACUUCACCGCUACCGAAAAGCUUCAAGACUGCAAGGAGAUGAACAACAUGCUCAAGGCUUUCGAUACUCAAACGACUGAGAAGUAUGGCAUCCUUAGGCCAUACAUUCAUCCAAAGACCCUUUGUUGUGUUACCGACCAGGAACGGGUUAACUGGGCGUCCGCAUACGACGACGUCGCAGACACCGACAUCUUCUCUGCUUUCUCAAAAACUCCCAAGACUCGAAGCAGCGAAGACGACGAGCACACGGCCAAGACCUGGAUUGCUAUCGUCAAAAGUCCACAAGUGAACUGGGUUAAUAACCCGCGCUGGAAGGACUUUCCAUGGCACCUUUGGGCUUUUGCAAUCGUCGGUGGACCUACAGCUCAUGGGAAAUACCUGUUUAUCUACGACUGCGAUUCCGGUCCACUGCUGGAGCGACACCAAACCGUUAAGCUUAAGGACCUUCACGGAUCAAUCGUCAAAUGGUACAAGCUGAUCAUCAAGCGCUGGCAAAUCAAGAAGGUCUUUAUGGGAAACAUUCACGACGACUUCAUCUCAGACACUAUGGAAUACAAGCAGUAUUCGGACACUUCUAUUGAAGUCGACGAGAACCACUGCAUCGGCCACACCAUGAGAUGGGUUCACAAGAUGAGUUGGAUUAAGGAUAAGCCCUUCGAAGAAGAAGACCUGAAGGAGCCGCGCUGGGAAUCGUUUGUUGAGAUGGAAUACCUUAGCAAGAACUACACUUGAUCAAGAGCUGGUACUCUUCCCUCACGAAAGGGUUUGACGAGGCCAGCAUGGAACAGCCAACGAGGGGGAGUGUUGAAAUACGGUGGCUGGCAAUGGCUGGCUAGCUCCAAAUGGUGUUUAUCAGGAUAUCUCACUCUCAGUUGGUAGUUAGUUCCUUCAAUCAAUCACUUGAC